AUGGGUGCAUCAGGCUUAGGUUCUGGUUUAGCAAAUUGCAUUAAUCUCUCAAAUUUGAGACUUAACCUUUAUGGUAAUUAAAUUGGUGCAAUGGGUGCAUCAGGCUUAGGUUCUGGUUUAGCAAAUUGCAUUAAUCUCUCAAAUUUGAGACUUAACCUUUAGUAAAAACAGUUUAUUUGUUUUGGAUUGUGA